AUGACCGAGGUACACCGGCAGCUGCGCAGGCCGGGACUGCAGCGGAGCAUGUUCUCCAUGGCACGCACGACGCCGACGGACAUGGUCCGGUCGCGCCUCUCGACCAAGGAAAUUCAGUCCCGGGCGCUGGCGUACGUGCCAGAUGAACUGCUCCAGAACAUCCCCGACGGUGAUAGCUCCUACUCCCUGUUUCAGGGGUUCCAGGCCAGCUUCCCCGACUUCACCGAGGAAGGUAAAAAACACAGGCGGCGGGUUUCGCGAGGAAGAAAAUUGCUCGACGAAGGCCCAACGAUACCCGAUGGGACUCCUGAGUCGGUACAGAGGCUCAAGAAGGAGAAGGCGUCCAUGAUGCACCAAUUCGAGAUGCUUGGCAUCCGCAAGAACAUGGCGAGCAGCGAGAUCCGGGAGAUCGAUGCCAAGAUGGAGAACUUGGCCGGUAUGCGCCGGAUUAUCCUCGAGAGGCUAGCAACUUUGGAACAGGACGAGGCGAUACUGGAGCAUGACAUUGUCGAAGUCGAGGGUAGGUUAGAAGAGGCGCAGGAGUUGGCGAAUGAGGCCGGGGAGCUGGCGCAUACGCCUAAAUCGGAAGACGAUGCGGCAUCCGAAAAAGGCGACACGCCCGGGUUCAUGUCUCAGUCCGUCUACGAGAAGCUGCCCUCGGUAGGCAGUACUUCUUCCAAGAAGAAACCGCGCAGCAUCCGGCGGAAAACUAUGCCGAUCCUUCACGAGCACUUCGAGCCGGGUACCAUGAUUCGCUCAAUGCGUGCACAUCACGAUAGCAUCACAGCCCUUGACUUCGAUGCCCCGUUCGGCUUGAUGGUCACCGCCGCGAUGGACGACGCCGUCCGAGUAUGGGAUCUCAACGCAGGGCGCUGCAUCGGCGUGCUGGAGGGUCACACGGCCUCGGUCCGCACGCUCCAAGUUGAAGAUAACUUCCUCGCCACGGGCUCCAUGGAUGCCACGAUCCGGCUAUGGGAUCUUAGCAAGGCUCACUACGACCCGCAAGGUAGCCAGUUCGGAAAGGAUGAUGAGGAUGACGAGGACGCCAUUGCGUUCGAGAACCCCGACGACCAUCCUGUCGACCCCCCCGCUGGUAGCAUGUCUGAUUGCCCGCUGUUUACCCUAGAGGCGCACUUGGACGAAAUCACAGCACUGCAUUUCCGUAACAAUGUUCUAGUUUCUGGGUCGGCUGACAAGACGCUGCGGCAGUGGGACCUGGAGAAGGGACGGUGCGUUCAAACGCUAGAUGUGAUGUGGGCCGCUGCACAAGCCUCGGCGCUCUCGACAAGUGACAGUACCUGGCGGCAGACCUCCCGGGCGCCGGAUACGGCGGCUGAUUUCGUCGGUGCGCUGCAGGUGUUUGAGUCGGCGCUGGCGUGCGGCACGGCAGAUGGCAUGGUCAGGCUGUGGGAUCUGCGGAGUGGACAGGUCUCCCGUAGUCUCGUGGGCCACACGGGGCCAGUGACUUGUCUCCAGUUUGACGAUGUGCAUUUGGUGACAGGUAGCUUGGACAGGAGCAUACGGAUAUGGGACUUGCGCACCGGAUCAUCCACGACGCCUUUGCGUACGACCACCCCCAUCACGAGCAUGAUGUUUGACACCCGCCGCAUUACCGAGCAAGAAAGGGAACCCGCCGUGGUAGAGCGCGUGCGGAUCCGCGACGGUUACAUGGUCGAGGGCCGCCAGGACGGCAUCGUCGGGGUCUGGACAUGCUGA